CUGAGGUCGGUGCGUGCGCUGCUUGAUUUGCUCGCUAGUCCGAAGUUUUUUUUUGGUGUGUUGCUGAGAGCUGCUGUAGGGAUGAUGAUGAUGGCGGAGCUGGUACAGGGACAGGCCUCGGUGGCUCAGCCUGGAACGAAAGCAGAUGGCUUCGCCGACGCUUUACACCGGGCCCGACAGGUAAUUCAUUCCGACGAAGAUAAACCGAAUGAUUUCAGACGAGAAACGAGCAAGGCCAUUCGGUGUGGUGGAGGAGUGCACUUUUUUUCUUCUACCAGCAGUGUAUAACCCCAGACCCCUCUUUACUCAAAAAAAAAACUCCUGUAUGUAUAGCUAGCUAACUGAAGUUAGCGACACAAGGUCCAAGUGCUAAGAGUUUGCGGGCCAAAAGACGCCCAACAAUAAACAGUGAAGUCAAAGAACAAGAAAAUUAAUUAGGCAAAGUGUGAUUGGCGCAACUAAGAAACCCCUUGCAUGAAACUGAAGUGAGAGUAACUUUAUUAAACAAGGCAUAAGCAACAAACUGCAACCUGUUGUAAAGCCACGGAAGUUUAAGCUAGUUAGCACCACUAGCUACUUUACCACCACACUACAAGCCGAUAUCAGCUUUGGUUGUGGCCUAGGUUCGUGGUGAAGCCAGCAUAUCAGCUGAUUUCAGCCACGCGCUGUCAAAAGUUAAGAAAAACGUAAACUAUGUGUUAAAUUUGCGAGUGUUUACAAGGCAAUUUAAAACACAGUUGACGUUUUCCUGUUAGCAAGCUGACUUUUGACAGCGCGUGGCUGAAAUCAGCGGAUAUUCACCACGAUAAAUUAUAAGUUAACUACACCGCUGUAUGUUAAACAACUUCAGAAUUCAGUAGUUAUAGCUAGCUAACGCUGGCUAGCUGCUAAACUAUCGAAUGAUUCAGUCUAGUAGUAAUGUUAGCUAACUAGCUUCGAUUGUACAUGUUAGCUAAGCCUAGCUAGUUACUUAGCGAACAUGCGAGGAAAACUAGCUAGCAUCGCAACGUCAACAACUAAUGUUAGCUAGUUAGCCACCUAGCUUGCUGAAAUGUUAUCGCUGAACUUUUCUUGUUUGCAACAGGGUGUUAGCCAACUACUGCAUUGCCUAAUAAUAUCGUCUCUAGCUAAAAUUGUAUUGGGACCUUAUCACUCAGUAACGACUUGCUGGUUAGCUAAUGUUAAUACUCCAGUCUUGCGAUGGAAACUCAUUAGCUAGCAAGCUAACAUUAUCUAGUUAGCUAGCUAACGAGUUGCAGCCUAAAUAUUACUUACGCAUUGGUUGAACUAGCUACUUCUUGACAUCUCAAAGUUAGCGUUAGUUAUGUCAUUUGGGCCUAUGACCAAACGCACUGUAUGUAGUUGAUCAAAUCAUUUAUUGGUCUGUAAACCCCCACACUGCCAUAUAAUGUGUAGACUACAAUAUUACAAUUGACCAAACCACACCACGACUGUGCAAAUUAUUCCAUUUAAAAUGCCAGUAGCAUGCAAGCAACAUAGUGAACGUUUCCUGAGAUUACUAUUCCAAUCUAUCAUUUCAGGAAGUAGGCUAUUGCACACAGUGAAGGAAAGCUCUGCCACACCGCUCCCCAUUCCUUCCUAGUCAGUGUCUGCACUCUGGGCCGAGUUCUUGUGAAGCCUUGACACCCAGGACAAAAACACACCUGUUCUCACCUUAUCAUAUUUCCUGGGCCCUACGAAAGUGUGCUGAACAAACUGCAUAUUUCAACUUAAUAUUUCAAAAGGAACUAUUGGUCUUCUUUGCUUUAACUGACACAAACACAGAUAUUCAUAACAUAUUCUCCCUGACAGGCAAAGACACUAUCCUGCAAAUAAACCCAGAUGAGCAUGUGGCAUAAGCACAUGUCUGGGUGCUCUAGUGUCCAUUUAAUAAUGCCUUUGCUUUCUCUCCCCCCACUCUCUCAGCUGUGUGCUUAUCCCAGGAGCUACAAUCGCAUGUGGCUUUGUACUCAUGCAUCAGGCUUGUGGGUCCAGUGUCAGUUUUCCUCAGAUAACCGUGGCAUCCAGGUUUCCCUUGCAGCUUCCCUAUAGGUCCCAGGUCUGUGCUUCUGGGAAUAGGACUGCCGUACCAUUUGCCCAUUUAUCUUUUAUGAACUCUGUAGGGGGGAAAAUAGAACUGAGCCAGUGGCCAGGACACUGAACCUUUUACUGUCUGUCUGCAAGGAGACCAAAGAUAUCAAAACACUGUUUCUAUGAAGUGCUACCUUCAAGGAGAACUCCACCCCAGAAUAGCCCAGCCCUAGAACGUUAUAUUUUCUACGAACAGCGGAUGUGUACAGAUAAUCUGUAGGCCCUAUAUAUCGGUAUCUGGUAUUGUGACUGAACAGAGCUGGCAUUCAGUGUUGCUGUUGAGUUGCUAAUCUCUCUGAUAAAGUAAAAACUUCUCGUUGCUCCUUAAUUCAAGUACUCCUGAAAUUUCAGCUCCAUACUUAUAUUAUGAUCACAUAGUGAGACUAGUCUAGUCACACUUGCCCCUGUCAUACCCAUGUUUUUGUGUAAAUGUUUAGAUUAUCUUGUCAGUGUUGUUUUUUAUAUAAUCUUGAUGUUCAGCUGCAUAUUAAUGUGAAUGUUCAUGUUGGACAAGUCUGCUGUGAUAAAAAAAAAAUACAAUAGAAGAAAGUUAAUUGUUGUCUUUAUCACAAAAUCAAAAUGACUAGGACAUCAAUGAGCUUCCAAUCUCUUUGAUACAAAUAUAUGCACUGAAAUAACCAUAACCCCAUAGUGUAGUAUGCAGAGAUUGGGUGAAUUUCCCCCUGGCUCUCCUCCAUCAUAUGGAAGUGUUUGCAUGGUAGUUUCAGCGCAAACAGGCCUCUCACCCACCCCGAGGGGAUGUUCCCUGAGCGACAGAAUAUCCUCUGGCAUUUCUUUCCUGGUGGACCUUGCCUGCCCCAAACCCCCUUGACAGUCAGCAGCAGUUGUCCUGAGAAGACUCGCCGUGUUUGCCUCGUUCUACACUACUAGGCCCAAGCCUUUCCCCGGGUAGUUGAUUUAUUGUGUGCAGCUCACAUUGCUGACAUACCACCCCCAACAUUCCCCAGAAAGAAGGUUUGGCUCUAGGCAAGAGGUGGAGCCCUCACUCAGCCCCCUCCGUGGCCCCCUACCCAGUUCAGCUCUGCCUGGGAUCAGGAUCCAUGUUGGAGGGCAGUUAUUUUUUUCUUCUCCCAUCUCACUUCCACGGCAGGCAGGCAGCUCAGUGUGGCGGCUCUGAAGUUGAUAAUGACGCCUGAAGGUGUUGCAAGGCUCCAAUUGUCAGCCUUUAAUUGGAGACAUUGUAUUUUCAUAUUGCAGAAAUUACAUCAAUUUUGUGUAAUUUUCUGAAACUAUAUACUUUUUGAAUGGAGAGAGGUGGUUGCGGAUGAGGGGUUUAGGAGAAACGGGCCUCAAUGCUUUUGUGCAGCGUUUAGAUUUAAAUGUCUAUCUCCGAAGAAUACAUGUAGUUAAUUGGCGUUGGCAAGUGGCUAAUUUUGGGCGAGGUGAUGCAGGCAGUGUUUUGUAAUGUGCAUGUGUCGCAGCUAGUUUCGGGAGGUAGUUACUGCCUUUCAAUUGCAUUCAGUUGUAGCUGACUUGGAGAGUAAAAAAUGGCUCCGUGUUGACAACUGAAAUAACUUGAUUCGCUAUGAAAAGUAGUACUUCAUUUUGGGUAAUAGUUUGACCUUGUGACUGGAAAAUAACGGUCAAAUAUAACCUUUUUAAUGUAACUUUUUUAAUGUAACUAGUUUAUCUAUCUAGAACAGGUUGUGUUGCUAUCUGUUUGUUCACUCUAGCCCUCCCCCCUCUUUCCAUCACUCUUGUCUCUUCAGAUUGCGGCUAAGAUUGGAGGUGACCAGAUGCCCCACAUGAACAACUCCUCUCCAGUCCUAGACCCCUCUCUCUAUGGCUACGGAGGCCAGAAGCGCUCAAUGGAUGAUGGAGGUAAGCCAGCGGUGGCAGUGGAUCUCAGUGGAUGAGCUCAGUAGUGACGGCACUACAUAAUGAUAGAUCCUUUGACACUUUUUAAUGUAUAUUCAAUGUCAUGUAGCCUAGCCUGUUUGUGGAAGUUGUAGCAGCUAGCCGGUAUUCAUGUUGAGCAAUGGGGCCCUGUGGAUAGCACGGCUGUUGAGGAAUGACAUGGCAUUGUACUAGCAAUGGGCUGGCCACGAUCUGGCCUGGGCAAAUGGGAGGGGGAAUGUGGAGCUGGGAAGAGUAACCACUAGCCUGGAGUUAGGAAGUGCUUCAGACAGUCGGAGCGCUCUCUCCUCCUCGUUCUGUGUUAUUUCAGGGCAGGAUUACUCUCCACCACCACAAAGUUAAUUAACUAUUAGGUCAGAAAAGGAGCGGAUCCCUAGUUACCCAGAGGCCAUUGAUGGGAUUUCUCAUUCCAACCCUCCCUCCUACUGCAGUACAAUGCUCUAGCUGCUACAGAUAUGAUUGACACUGGUUGCGUGAGAAAUCACGAGCUACAGGUUACAUGCCUCCAAAGCUGUCGUGGAGAAAAAAAAGUGCAGCGAGCAGCAGCAAGUAAAACUGGUUUGUAAGUCCACCAAGUAGAGAAAAAGGAACUGUGCUUCUAGAAAUGUAGAUAAUGCUGAUUGAGCUUAUUUCACUUGUUGCUAUUUAUAAACCAAUUCCUUUUUGUAACUAUUGUCGUUAUUGACCGAUUAAAACAUUUGCAUAGACAGCACAACUGAUAUCUGGAGUUCAUUGGUUAUUGAGUGAGCCCAACAUUAAUGAACUUGCUGCAUUGGCUUCACAUUCACGCUUCUAUUACUAUGGCAGUGGUUAUAGGAAUUGUGAUUUCCAAGGUGUUAGUGUUUUUGUCCCAUCUUGCUGCAGAAUCAGUUCAGCAAAUGGGCUGCAGCAGUCCAGCCCCCUGAAGGAAUUGCAGGGAUAAGAUGAGACCAGUUCAUGGGCGAAAAAAGCCUUGAUGUGGAAAAUUCCGUUCUUACAGGCCCAGUAAAAGCAGGAGCAACAUACGGCAGCUAAACCUUAUGUAAGGCUUUACUCAUGACUUAACUUCAGCCUCUCCAAGAGGAAGCUGUUCUGUCCAAGCAUUUGAAAUCGGGAUUUUAUAGAAUAGGAAAGGGCUUGGCCUAAUGUAAUAAGGGGCUGAGAGAGGUCUUGUCUGAUGGUCACGAGUCAGUGUAAUCAAGGUUUACUAUGCAUUUUAGCUUUGAAGCCCUCUGUUCACAAUUCAGCUCAAUUCUGUUUGGGCUUGCCGUUUCAAACCUGGCAAACUAGAAAUGUAACAAAUAUUUGCAUCUGCAUUUUCAGUUAGGCACCUGAAAUUGUAGUUACCCCGUAAGGGUGGGGCUUUUGCAGAAUGGUGCAAUGAUGCGUGUGGCUACCCGUAUGCACCCAAAAUGCAGAUGUGAGCAAUUUCAUGUCCAUGAAGCGGAAACUCCAUUCAGUUAUUGUCCUCUUAUCUUGUCAUGGUGUGGUAUGAUAUUUUAGCUCCAAAUGCAUUGCUGAAUAAGUUGUGUGCAAUUCUGGUGGAGGUUUGGCUGGCUAACUCACUUGUUUUCAACACUUUGUGCUUUUUUGUUUCUCAAGGUUACACAAUUUGAAAUGUAAUAGUCGGCUGUUACACUGUAUAAAUAUUAUAUCUGUCAUUACCAUUAACACCAUUUUAGGCUAAGCGCAAGUCCUUUGCAGUGUAAUGUCAUUGUGUGAAUUGACACCACAUCAUACACUGAAUAGUUAUAGGCAUUCUUAGCCAGCAGAUCCGACCCAUUUGCUUACAGCUGCACUAUUGUCCGACAGCAUUCCUGUGUAGAUUAAGACACCACAGAGCCGGCGCGAGAUAUGGCUCAGAAAACUAGCAGUCGUUCAAUCUUCUCAGUGUAACAGUUGGGAUAAUGGGACAAUUCGAAGUACAACGCAUUUCUUAUCCCUGGAUUGUGGUACUUUUCCCGAGCCAUAUCUUGUGCCGGCUCCGCGGUGCUGUCCGACCCUAGUGCAGCUUUAAGCAAGCGGGUCGGACCUGCUGGCUAAGGCAUUUCACUUCUUUACCUCAUUGCAUUUCCAUCAACCAAAUAUGUGCAAACGACGUAAGCUUUAGUGAACGUAGAUAUGAGUUUAUGGUGUUCCGUCAGUAGCUCCAUAUCCUUUAAGCCCACUGCAUAUUGCUACCUGUCAAAAUGAAAGUCUGGGCCGAUAACCAUUGACCCAGGUACUACCUCUCUGAACGACACCCAUACACAUCUCAUUUCCAUAGCAGUGCACCCCCCUGCUGUGUGUUGACACUGACACACUGGAAAUUGCCAGGGACCUCACGAUACAAUAUAAUCACCGUACUUGGGUGCAGAUACCAUAUGAUUCUAUAUGCAUUGAGAUUCGAUAUUUUAAGAUUUGAUGUUCCAAACAUAUUGCUCACUAUGUCUGCUGCAGAGCGACAAGAGAUCAUGAGAACAUGAAAAUAAAAGUGCUGAAAACAUGUUGACUCACUGUUUAAAAAGGUGGAGGACAAGCUAUAGGCUGAAAAAUACUGGAGUUUUGGUGCAGGUACAGCUGUCUAGCGCUAGCUAACGCUACCAAACAACAUUUAUUUUUACUAAUCAAUACUUGGAGUCAAAGUAUCGAUUUACAUUAUUGUCCAAAAUAAUAUUGCGAUAUGUAACUGUAUAGAUUUUCCCCAAUCACUACUGUAUUGACAGAACCAUCUCCAUCUGUUUCCGUCCAAUCCACCUUGUCACUCCUCAGUUCUGCAGCAACAAUUGUUUUGACCUUGUUUUAUUCAGUUUUGCAAUGAUUGUUGGUGUCAUGUAAAUGAUUUAGUCCAAUGUUUAGUUUAUUGAAAACAUAAUUAAAUUUGCACAAUGAGCACUUGUCAGUUGUUAGCUAGCAAAUUUUAGCAAUAUUAGCAUAGACGUGAUAUCAGUCAAAACACAUCAAAACAAGACAUGGUAUCAAGAACAAGAUCAAACGAGCCACUUACGAUUCACCACAUGGCAGUUUCUUGUCAUUGUUGCUGGCUAUCCAGAACCAAAGCACAUGGCCUUCUGCCCCUUUGAAGCGAGUGAAUGGUUUUUGUGAUGUCAGCUAACCUGUCUAUCGUUUUGCCCUUUUCUCUAACCCUCUCUAUUCUUCCUUGUUGUUUCUCAGUAGGUAACCAGCUGGGUGGAAUGGUACAUCAAAGGUGAGCCUUAUCUUCUCAAAUGACUAUUUGUAUUGAUGUGAACUUAGAUAUGGGGGGGGGGGGGUGUAGAUAUUGAUUAACAGUAGCUCAAUCAAGUUGCCACCCUCACUACUGCCCGUGUAUCCAGUAACACGUCUCAGAUAGGCCAAUGUCUUGGCCUAUGUGUUCUCCAUGCAGCUCUGUGGUUUAUCUUGUUACCAGACUUGGCACAUAAUGUCAUUCAUUUAAGAGGUAGCUCUCCCCAUCUAAGGUUUGUCAGAGGUUUUCAUGCCUUAAAAGUGAUCUCAUCUCAGGGCUCCCGAGUGGCGCAGCUGUCUAAGGCACUGCAUCUCAGUGCUUGAGGCGUCACUACAGACCCCCGGUUCGAUUCCAGGCUGUAUCACAACUGGCCGUGAUUGGGAGUCCCAUAGGGCAGCGCACAAUUGGCCCAGCGUCGUCCGGGUUUGGCUGGUGUAGGCUGUCAUUGUAAAUAGGAAUUUGUUCUUAACUGACUUGCCUAGUUAAAUAAAGAUUUUUAAAAAAACAUGUUGAGCAGAGUCCAUGUUGUGUAGAGAUCUGCAGGCUUCAAUCCAAUUGAAUGGGGAAUAUGGGCGCCAUCUAACAAGAUGGAUAUUUGCUUUGGGGGUGAACUAUCCCUUCAAGCUUUGAGUAUGAGACGACUAUCCUAUCAUUUCUAAUUCGGCCAUACAUCACAGCAGAUAUUUACCCUUUUGUCAUUGAUUGUCUUUGUCUCUUGCAGGGCUAUUAUGACAGAGGACUUCAAAGUGCCUGAUAAGAUGGUUGGAUUCAGUAAGUGAAGCUUUUGGGCAGUUGAUAACAAAAGCUAUUGGUUUACUCCAACUUAUAGUACUCACAUUUACUGUUUAGUGUCAUUUUAAGCUAACUUGGGCUGGGAUAUUGACCUUUUGUAAUUCCCCUCUCACCCACACUCAGUCAUUGGAAGAGGAGGAGAGCAGAUCACGAGAAUUCAGUUAGAGUCAGGCUGCAAGAUCCAGAUUGCUGCAGGUAAGUUCUGCCUAAAGAGACACUGUCCCAUUAUGCUGUAGUCAGUUGUGUCGGUACUUCACGGAGUAGCUAGUUAGGUAUUUCCUCUGAUCGGUGAUAGCCAGAAGCACACCCGGAGUACGAGGCAUGAUAAUGAUAUACCCUGCUCAACAGGUUCAGCUGAGAGAAACUGAAGCCUUGUCAAAUCCCAAACAUACGCCCCCAAUGAAUUCCUUGAUGUGGUAUUUUGUAGUGAAAUUAGUAUGUGACUUCAUAAACAUUCAUAAAUAAUAAGAAGGUAGCACUUAGGUUGUUAACAUGGAGGUUUAUGUGCAUAUGUGGGUCUUUCUAUAAACUAGGGUACCAGUGAGGAUUUCCUGCAGUGGAAAACCCUUUCUCAUGGUUUUUUUCUUAUCUUGCGUUUAUGGCAGUCUUUGUCGUUUAUAUAUGUAUUAUUUAUCAGUUAAAAUACAUUGAAUUUGAUCCUGGUAAGAAUCCCGGAUUUAGCUUUCGUACAGUCUUUUUGUCUGGCUAUCUCUGAAAUGCGGUAACUAUACUGAGAAAAAAUAUAAAUGCAACAUUUUCAAAGAUUUUACUGAGUUACAGUUCAUAUAAGGAAAUCAGUCAAUUGUAAUAUUCAUUCAACCCUAAUCUAUGGAUUUCACAUGACUGGACAGGGGUGGAGCCAUGGGUGGGCAUGGGAGGCCCACACACUGGGGAGCCAGGCCCAGCCAAUCAGAAUGAGUUCUUCCCCACAAAUGGGCUUUAUUACAGACAGAAAUACUCAGUUUCGUCAGCUGUCCGGGUGGCUGGUCUCAGACGAUCCUGCAGGUGAAGAAGCCUGAUAUGCAGGUCCUAGGCUUGCAUUGUCACAUGUUGUCUGUGCUUAUGAGGCAGGUUGGACAUACUGCCAAAUUCUCUAAAAAUCAUUCAAUUCUCUGGCAACAGCUCUGGUGGACAUUCCUGCAGUCAGCAUGCCAAUUGCACGCUCCUUCAACUUGAGAAAUAUGUGGCGUUGUGACAACCACAUUUUAGUGGCCUUUUAUUGUCUCCAGCACAAGGUGCACCUGUGUAAUGAUCAUGCUGUUUAAUCAGCUUCUUGAUAUGCUACACCUGUCAGGUGGAUGGAUUAUCUUGGCGAAAGAGAAAUGCUCACUAAAAGGGAUGUAAAAUCCAUAUGUGUAUGGAAAAUCUCUGGGAUGUUUCACAGUAUGAAAAAUGUAUGCACUCACUAACUGUAAGUCGCUCUGGAUAAGAGUGUCUGCUAAAUGACUAAAAUGUAAAAAUGUAAUGUUUUAUUUCAGCUCAUGAAACAUGGGACCAACACUUUACAUGUUGCGUUCAUAUUUUUGUUCAGUGUAUGUAACAUUGAGUGUUUUCUUAUGUUUCAGCUUGUAAACUGUUUUCAUGGGCACACAAAUCUAAAAUAAUGUAUGUGAUAGCAAAAUCGACAGCUUCUAACCAAUACUUAAAACCAAAAUCUAUACUGUCAUUGACGUGGUUUGUCAAUAGUCAUGCAUAAUACUUGAAUGCGCAUUUGAUGUCCAGCAGUUUAGUUACAUUGUGAUAUUUUUACACAUCAGUUGAUCCAGGGUGACAAACAGCUGUUGUGAUACAGCACGCGAUGGAACAGCCAAAGUGCAGGAAAAACAGUGUUCGCAAGUAAUGUCCAGAAUGUUUUGGUGUCUCAUUCGUUAUGUCGAUGAAGACAGUUGUGCCGUGAUCCACGAUGGGUUGAAUAUCCCUAGCAAAUUGAUCAUCUGUUGUCUGCUUGAUUUACAGCAGUGUCUCGUUAGAUUGAACAGAAAGCUUCAUGUUAACGUAUGUUUCUCUGCUUCUGAUUGGACACGGUCUACUGUGUUCAUUUGUGUAGGAUAGACUGUUGCGCAACACCUAACGCUAUAUUCCUUUCCAUUAUUCUGGAUAUUAGAAUGACGACAAAUGACAUAGUAGCCUAGUGGGCUUAUUCACAAUAUGAUCAGGUUAUGAAAUGACAAAUACAUUUUGGUGUCUUACACCUGCUAUUUUAAAGGAUAUUUAUAGUCCUAGGCCGAUGUUGGGUGGAGUUUUGGGCCAAUUUGGUAUAUAUGCACUUGUACACGUGGAACUGCAUAAAAAUCGAAGUGUUCUAUUUAUUUUUCAAACCAUUUUAAAAUGUUGAUCCCAAUGUCACACAUUGGCCCGAUUUUUAUUUCUAGAAAGACAAAUGUAUGUGUGGGUGCAUGUUUUGUCUGGUUAAUGGAGCUGUGUGUUGUAUAACAGACAGCGGAGGCAUGAUGGACAGGCCCUGCACCCUGACUGGAAGCCCAGAGAACAUUGAGUAAGUCACACCACAUUCCUCUCGGGAAGAAUCUCAAUUGCAUACUCAUUGUGUCUUCUCUUCGCCUCCUUCUCAAAACCCAUUGGAUGAGAACGCCUGAAGUCCCUCCCCUCUGACUUUCUCCUCUAAAGGGUCUUGAGAAGGAGGCAAGGAGAGGACGCAGGGCGUAUGCAAUUGAGAUUCUCCCAGGGACUUGCAACCAAAGUUAUGUAUGUAUGGCGAUCAGAUAGAAAUGUUGCAUAUAGAGCUAACAUGAUUACUCUACUUGAUGGACAAUACAUUUCUAUCAGCAACGAGGCUGCCCUCAACUCGACCCUAAUCACCUUCACCAGAUUAAUGUUGAGUUACCCCCUCAACAAUCACUUCUUGACACUAUUCAAUAUCUUGUUUUUGCAAAUGGAGAAACCCACUAUGUAUAGUUUAUGUAUGAUGUGGCUGACCAUGAACAUAUACAUGACGGUGGACUGUGCCCCUCUCCCACCAGGCAGGCCAAGAGGCUGCUGAGCCAGAUCGUGGACCGGUGUCGAAACGGCCCAGGCUUCCACAGCGAGAUGGACGGCAACAGCGCCAUCCAGGAGAUCCUAAUCCCUGCCAGCAAAGUGGGCCUGGUCAUCGGCAAGGGAGGGGACACCAUCAAACAACUGCAGGUAGGGGGGCACUAGGUGCUUCGAGUAGAUUAUGUGGUCUGUGGAUGACGCACACAUGCACUUAGAACAUACACUUUCUUAGUGAUUUAUUUAGUGGCUUAAAAAUAAUAAUAAUAAUAUGCCAUUUAGCAGACGCUUUUAUCCAAAGCGACUUACAGUCAUGCGUGCAUACAUUUUUGUGUAUGGGUGGUCCCGGGGAUCGAACCCACUACCUUGGCGUUACAAGCGCCGUGCUCUACCAGCUGAGCUACAGAGAAAGUGUUCUUAUGCAACUGCAGGGCUCAACAUUAAGUAAAAAAAAGUUUAACAAAUAGUCGGGACAAGAAGAAUAUAGAUUUAAGUUGUCGGAAUGGAUAGAAAAAUAAUACAUCACAAUAUCGAGCCAACAUUGGAAUAAUAUUCACACACAAAAAUAAUGUACAUAAAUAAAAAAUCCUACGUGGCUACAGCCUCAUGUCCAAACCGAUGCGGACAUGAGGGAGGCGGCAGAAAAUGUAGCCAAACUUUAAUGAGACUUUUAAUUGAAUAAAUAUAAGCUAAACGCCAGUCAUGUUUGACAAAUAUAAUGAAGGACAUUAACUUCUAAAGGCUCGAUUCUGUCAACAUACUCGAGGCACGGUUCGUUCAGGUCGAAUAGUCACAAGACCGGCGAGUGAAGGACGGUGCCUGUUGCACACCGCACGUCAACCACUUGGAAUCUGAGCGGAGGCGGUCAGCAUUUUGAAACUGUUUAACCAUAAACUUAAUUGUUUAAAACCUGGACGUUUCGUCAAUUUGUGAAGCAUGUCUUGUUUCAAAGUAGCCUAGCCAAAAUAUGACCAUAUAAAUGUUGAGGGAGUUACUCUAUAAACACUUGAUACGCCAUUGAAACCAGCAUUUUUCUCAUGUUGUAUUGGUUUUCAAAUCAUCCAAAUGUUAUUGUCCAGCAGCCAAAGGCAUAAGCCUAGUCAUAUUAGUAACCCAUGCUAGUUGAUGCAUCUUUAGAUCUCCCCUCUUUCUUAAUUUCUAAUGAAUAUUUUCAUCUAUGUCACAUGAAACCUCUCGCGCUUUUGAGAAUGGUGUUUUCCUGCUAAUUGCAUUUUGGCACAUAAUCUACAGCAGGGCUAUUCGACUAUAUUCGAAUAAAUGUAAAAAAAAAAAAAAGUUAGUUGCAGGGGUGCCGCACAUUUUCCACAUGUAUAAAAAUGCUAGAAACCAUGGUGCUUGUCAUUUUGGCAGUGAACGUCAGAUUUUCACGUGUUUUUUUUUUUUUGCAUGUCUUUUAUUAAUGUUCAGAGUUGAUCAAAGGGCCAGUAUAAAUAAAGGGGCUGAAUCUGGCACGCGUGCCACCAGUUGAAUUGCCCUGGCCUACAGCCAUGUGCGCAUUGUUGAGCUUAUAAUAUGAAUAAAUAAAACUUUAUCAACAUUUUAAGCUGAACGGUUUUAUCUGUUGCAUCAGCCUGAUUGCGUAAUUAUUUUUUGUGAAUAUGCAAAGAAGCCAAUAGGCAGUGUAGCCUACAUUUUUUGUCUCGUUCUCGAUGGAAGAAAGUGCUGAGCCAUUAAACAACAUUUUCAACUAAUUGACGACAUCGUUCAGUUAUUUGAAUUCCAUUUCGUUCAAGUCAAUCAGAUCCAGCCUGAACUGUGCGAUGCAGUAGGGAGUUGUACUUUCCAACAGGCCAAUAUUCUACAUAGUUUUGCGUAUAAAAUGUGGUAAUUAAGUAAAUUACCAUAAUCCAUUGCGCAUCUACUUGUCCAGUCUGUUUCUUUUACGCCUGCUAUGGAAGAGAGAAGAGUAGCACAAUCGUGAGGUGAUAGAGAGCAGCUGUUGCUUCGCGAGGGAUCUCUACCUGAAAAUACAUGAUCUAAGUGAUUGAUAGUUGGCAUUUAGCAGUCAUUUACUUUUUAUAAUAAUAAUAAUAAUAUGCCAUUUAGCAGACGCUUUUAUCCAAAGCGACUUACAGUCAUGCGUGCAUACAUUUUUGUUCCCGGGGAUCGAACCCACUACCUUGGCGUUACAAGCGCCGUGCUCUACCAGCUGAGCUACAGAGGACCACAAAACUUUUCUAGACAAUAGUGAUUUUGUCAGACAGCAUAGGAAGCAGCUCUAUAGAGCUGAGAUGACUUGGAAUGAAAUAGUCAUCAUAUAAAACUAAUGUAAUAAACUGAAAUAAUUUAGGAAAGUAAUGUGAAUAAAUGUUGGUUAAUAAGUGAUAAGCAGUAAUGGGCAGUCACUACCAUCAUGGGACUUAUAUUAAUUGUUUUUUGUUACAGUAUUAACCCACAUAAUGCAUAGUGCAUUUAAUGUUUAAAAAAAUGAUCAAAAUCGAAAACCGUGAUUAUUUUUCAAUCGAGCCAAAAUGUGUGAAUUUGUGUUGAUCUUGUGUUCCCUGUUUGCGCCCCACAGGAGAGAACAGGCGUGAAAAUGAUCAUGAUCCAGGACGGACCUAUGCCCACUGGAGCAGACAAACCCCUCAGAAUCACUGGGGACCCCUACAAAGUGCAGGUCGGUCAGUCAGUCUCUCAAACCUGGCUACCCUCCUUCAUAUCCUCGCUCCAUGCCUGCUUAUAAAAACACGUCGGAGGAGAAAACAUUGUAGGCCAAUGUGUUUUAAGGAGGCAAGGGGAGAGGAUUCAAGGUAUCAAUCAACCUUUUUGUAUAUCACAGUUAGAUGUUCUAAGUUAACCCUCUCUGUGCUGGGGGGGGCGUGGGUGUUUUGCAGCAAGCACGAGAGCUGGUGGUAGAGAUCAUCCGGGACAAGGACCAGGGAGACUUCCGGGCCAACAGGGGAGACUUUGGAUCCAGACUGGGGGGAAGCAGCCUGGAUGUGGCAGUGCCCAGGUUCGCUGUGGGCAUCGUCAUUGGCAGGAACGGAGAGAUGAUCAAGAAGAUCCAGAAUGACUCUGGGGUCAGGAUCCAGUUCAAACCAGGUGAGACCGCCCUCCUCUACUAAAGGCUUUUUCCAUUGUGCUAGAUGGCUAAUACAAUUGUCAAGAUUAGUGAUGGCCUCUAUCUUAAAUCGAUCUCCAAUCGGUCUUGUUUGCCGGUCUUGUUCUUCAAUUGACUCAGACAAGGUGGUCUUGAUGACACAUUAUGUAAUACAAUAUGUGUGUGAUGUCUGUGACAUGACUAAACAUGUUGUCUUCUAAUGUAACAGUUCUGACUAGUGUCCCCCUCUCCUUCAGACGAUGGCAUCAGCCCCGACCGGAUUGCCCAGGUGAUGGGCCAGCCUGACCGCUGCCAGCAUGCGGUUCACCUCAUCAACGAGCUGGUACACACUGCACAGGUACAGCACUGCAGACCACUACACUUAAUUAUUUUUUAAAUGCCCUGAAAGGAACAACAACCCCUUAGGAAAUGUAUCAGAUGAUUGGUUCACUCCUGCUGUAUUUCUAAAGUAAGCCAUGCCCCCUUAAACUCCCUUGUUGCCCAUGUAGCAGUCCCCAGCCCAGUCCCUAGCUGGCUGGCUCCCGGACAGGUCCAGCCUGGCCCCCUCUCAGGCCUCCCUGAACCCCUUAGCCCUGUGGCUGGGUGGUGGGGGGGACCUUCUCAGACAGGUGUACAGACAGGUAAAAGGGCAGUGGGUCUCCACCUCAUCACUAGUUCCUCUCUGUCACCUGACCUACUGCCCCUGAGCACAGAACGUACACUAGGAGGAUGAGCCUAGUCUCUCUGAGGCAUGUCUCCAACCCUGGAGCAUAGUCCAUACAGACUCCCACAUGGUGGUACACUUGGUUUACUCUUUUUAUUGAGCCCAAGGUAAAGUAAUGCAAGUCAAAUGCAUUUGAGGAGAUAAGAAUGCCUGUCAAAAUCGGAACUAUUGCAUUUUUUUUGUUUGGCGUCAGACACGGCUGCACUGGUGAUACUUCGGCGGGGGAAUGUUAUAGGGGAAUGGUUGAAGAGUGUAAGAUGUGUAAUGUCAUGUUUGAGGUCUUCAGGAGCCUGUAGUCACUACUUUUGUUUCCUCUCUACAGGAUCGGGAUGGCUUUGGGGGUUCCGUGGGGCCCAGAGGCCGGGGCAGAGGCCGCGGGGACUGGAACAUGGGCGCGCCCGGUGGACUGCAGGAAGUGACAUACACGAUACCUGCCGACAAGUGUGGCCUGGUGAUUGGGAAAGGUGAGAAUGCAAACGCCUUGUAAAUGAUUCAGCGAGUUUUACGUUUGGUGGUGUCAAGAUCCAUUACCAACAACAAUCUUUAUCAGUCAUCAUAUGGAUGCAUUUCAGUCAACCAAUAACCAGUUUAAGUAUCCUUUUGAAUGUAUGGACAAAUAGGUACUAAUGUAGAGAUGUGUAAAGGCACGUCCCCCAACUGUGCCUACUCAGGGAAAACCAACCUCUAAUGGAGCACUUAAUCUUUCAGUUCAUUAUUUCUUGACCAGUGGUCUUCAUCACGCAAAGGUCCAAUACAGCCGAUUUUAUCUCAAUAUCAAAAUAUUUCUGGGUAACAAUUAAGUACCUUACUGUUAUUGUUUUAAUUAAAAUUGUGAAAAAUACAGACAAAUGCACUACAUGGCUAAAAGUAUGUGGACACCUGCUUGUCGAACAUCUCAUUACAAAAUCAUGGGCAUUAAUAUGGAGUUGGUUCCCCCCUUUGCUGCUAUAACAUCCUCCACUCUUCUUGGAAGGCUUUCCACUAGAUGUUGGAACAUUGCGGCAGGGACUUGCUUCCAUUCAGUAACGAGCAUUCGUGAGGUUGGGCAAUGUUGGGCGGUUAGGCCUGGCUCACAGUCGGCGUUCUAAUUCAUCCCAAAGGUGUUCGAUGGGGUUGAGGUCAUGGCUCUGUGGAGGCCAGUCAAGUUCUUCAACACCGAUUUCGACAAACCAUUUCUGUAUGGACCUCGCUUUGUGCACCGGGGCAUUGUCAUGCUGAAACAGGAAAGGGCCUUCCCCAAACUGUUGCUACAAAGUUGGAAGCACAGAAUCGUCUUGAAUGUCAUUGUAUGCUGUAGCGUUAAGAUUGCCCUUCACUGGAACUAAGGGGCCUAGCCCGAACCAUGAAAAACAUCCCCAGAACGUUAUUCCUCCUCCUCCAAACUCUACAGUUGGCGCUAUGCAUUCGGGCAGAUAGCGUUCUCCUGGCAUCCGCCAAACCCAGAUUAGUCCGUCGAACUGUCAGAUGGUGAAGCGUGAUUCAUCACUGAAGCGUGAUUCAUCACUGAAGCGUGAUUCAUCACAGCGCGUAAAAAUAGUCUGUCCUCGGUUGCAACACUCACUACAGAGUUCCAAACUGCCUCUGGAAGUAACGUCAGCACAAUAACCGUUAGUCGGGAGCUUCAAUCCUUAGGCUUGUGUGCGGCUGCUCGGCCAUGGAAACUCAUUUCAUGAAGCUCCCGACUAACGGUUAUUGUGCUGACGUUACUUCCAGAGGCAGUUUGGAACUCUGUAGUGAGUGUUGCAACCGAGGACAGACCAUUUUUACGCGCUGCGCGCUUCAGCACUCGGGUCUCAUUCUGUGAGCUUGUGUGGCUUACUACUUCGCGGCUGAGCCGUUGUUGCUCCUAGACAUUUCCACUUCACAAUAACUGCACUUACAGUUGACCGGGGAAGCUCUAGCAGGGCAGAAAUGUGACAAACUGACUUUUUGGAAAGGUUGCAUCCUAUGACGGUGCCGUGUUGAAAGUCACUGAGCUCUUCAGUACGGGCCAUUCUACUGCCAAUGUUUGUCUAUGGAGAUUGCAUGGCAGUGUGCUUGAUGUUAUACACCUGUCAGCAACGGGUGUGGGUGAAAUAGCUGAUUCCACUAAUUUUAAGGGGUGUCCGCAUACUUUUGGCCAUGUAGUGUAGCUUCUUAGCAAAGCAAUUUCUCAAGCAAGAAUUUUGCUGGGAGUGGUCUGAGUGGGAAGGGUAAAACUGAAGGUUUGGAACUCUUAUUGGACUAUUAACUAAUUUACCACCUGGUGACAUCACCAGGCAGGCCAAAACUCCGUCCCAUCAAAGAGUUCUUACACUAAAAGGGCAUUAUCAUUUUCACAGAAUUAAUCCAACCUCAUAGUGUAUAAAUAUACACUGCUCAAAAAAAUUAAGGGAACACUAAAAUAACACAUCCUAGAUCUGAAUGAAUCAAAUAAUCUUAUUAAAUACCUUCACACUCAAAAUUAAAGUGGAAAACCACACUACAGGCUGAUCCAACAUUGAUGUAAUAUCCUUAAAACAAGUCAAAAUGAGGCUCAGUAGUGUGUGUGGCCUCCACGUGCCUGUAUGACCUCCCUACAACGCCUGGGCAUGCUCCUGAUGAGGUGGCGGAUGGUCUCCUGAGGGAUCUCCUCCCAGACCUGGACUAAAGCAUCCGCCAACUCCUGGACAGUCUGUGGUGCAACGUGGCGUUGGUGGAUGGAGCGAGACAUGAUGUCCCAGAUGUGCUCAAUUGGAUUCAGGUCUGGGGAACGGGCGGGCCAGUCCAUAGCAUCAAUGCCUUCCUCUUGCAGGAACUGCUGACACACUCCAGCCACAUGAGGUCUAGCAUUGUCUUGCAUUAGGAGGAACCCAGGGCCAACCGCACCAGCAUAUGGUCUCACAAGGGGUCUGAGGAUCUCAUCUCGGUACCUAAUGGCAGUCAGGCUACCUCUGGCGAGCACAUGGUGGCCCCCCAAAGAAAUGCCACCCCACACCAUGACUGACCCACCGCUAAACCGGUCAUGCUGGAGGAUGUUGCAGGCAGCAGAACGUUCUCCACGGCGUCUCCAGACUCUGUCACGUCUGGUCACAUGUGCUCAGUGUGAACCUGCUUUCAUCUGUGAAGAGCACAGGGCGCCAGUGGCGAAUUUGCCAAUCUUGGUGUUCUCUGGCAAAUGCCAAACGUCCUGCACGGUGUUGGGCUGUAAGCACAACCCCCACCUGUGGACGUCGGGCCCUCAUACCACCCUCAUGGAGUCUGUUUCUGACCGUUUGAGCAGACACAUGCACAUUUGUGGCCUGCUGGAGGUCAUUUUGCAGGGCUCUGGCAGUGCUCCUCCUGUUCCUCCUUGCACAAAGGCGGAGGUAGCAGUCCUGCUGCUGGGUUGUUGCCCUCCUACGGCCUCCUCCACGUCUCCUGAUGUACUGGCCUGUCUCCUGGUAGCGCCUCCAUGCUCUGGACACUACGCUGACAGACACAGCAAACCUUCUUGCCACAUCUCGCAUUGAUGUGCCAUCCUGGAUGAGCUGCACUACCUGAGCCACUUGUGUGGGUUGUAGACUCCGUCUCAUGCUACCACUAGAGUGAAAGCACCGCCAGCAUUCAAAAGUGACCAAAACAUCAGCCAGGAAGCAUAGGAACUGAGAAGUGGUCUGUGGUCACCACCUGCAAAACCAGUCCUUAUUGGGGGUGUCUUGCUAAUUGCCUAUAAUUUCCACCUGUUGUCUAUUCCAUUUGCACAACAGCAUGUGAAAUGUAUUGUCAAUCAGUGUUGCUUCCUAAGUGGACAGUUUGAUUUCACAGAAGUGUGAUUGACUUGGAGUUACAUUGUGUUUAAGUGUUCCCUUUAUUUUUUUGAGCAGUGUAUAAUAAAACACAGGAAAAUUCUUCAAAAGCCUUGAUUAUGCCCAAAGUGCAUCAUUGCCAGUCCAUUAGUUUGCUUUUUCUAUCGUGGUGAAAUGCCAUUUUAAAGUUGCACAAUGAGACAAUAUGGUGUGCGUCCAGUUACCCAUCCUCCCCUCCAGCCACCCCCUCACCCCCCCUCCCCUGGCUCAUGUAUACAGCACAAGUGGUAUUCUGUCCCUUCCCUUAGGGCUUAAUGACAGGGAUAAUGCAUAUAAUGUGACAUUAAUUGUUAAAAGUUCAUAAUAACAGCCCCCACGUGGAAGGUUGCCUGUUAUCUAAUGAGGCCCUUUCAGCCCAAGAGAGUGGAGUGAGGGAAUGAAUGAGAGGAAUUAGAUUAUUGGCUAUUCAUGCUCACUCUGUUGCCAGCUAUUUAAAAGUCAUUGACCAUUGCGCUUCGGAGGAAACUGAGUGUGUCCUAUGGAUGGAUGUGUGCGCCGUGGUGGGCGUGGUUCGAAGGGAGCUCUCUACCUAUGAUCGAAACAAGGCAAUAGAAAUGUCAAGUGGCUUUUGUGCGCGGGGCAAAUAAACGUGGCCGUUGCCCCCCCCCCCCUCAUUAGCAUAUGAACUAGUCCAAUAUGGCUGUGGGUCUGGGCCCUGUCAGCCUUAAAGACUGAGGUGAUUCAUAUCUUUGCGAUGCCUUUAUGCAGCUGCUUGACCCACUGAUUACACCCUCCCCCCAAUUCACACACAGCCUGGUUACUUUGGUCUCCCACCCAUACCCCAUGCUUUAGCUUCUCAACUUUCAAACUUUUUAUAACGGGUUGAACUACAGGCCUACUGGUUUUUUAUUUAAAUAUUCAAUGGUAUAGUGUCCUGCAUUUGGCUUUUACAUUUCUUUCAAGACCCAUAUGUCAAUAGUUUUAGAUGAGUGGGUAAGCAUGGUUUUUAAGUGCCUAAGAACUAUUCUUCAUGAACUUGUCUGUUAAUUAAACCUCCCCCCUUACUCUAAAUCCCUCACCAGUUGCACUUUGUAUCCCCUCCUUUUGGUCCAGCUCACUAAACCAGUCUCGUUAAGGUCAUAUGAUGUGGCCCCAGCGAGGUCCAGUCCAUGAAAUGAAUAGUGUGGCUCUUCAGUCCCCUUUGCUCUCUGACUGGGGGACCUCAUAAUGGCUUCAUUAAGGCAGAAGUUUCAUUUGGUUGACAAUGGGUUAAUGACCCAUGUGUAGUCUAUUGGCAACAGGAAGAGGCUACGGGAGGAGGAGAGGUUUGGAUGAGCCUUUUCACUGCGAGGUCAGCCAGUGUUUGCUACCAGUGAAAAAAUGUGUAAUUGAUGUUGGGACAGCCCUGGUGUCCCCUUGGGAAGCCCCCUCGCUCCUUUCACUGGGAUGGUAGGAGAAGGGGGAAGAGGUUGUAUCCCCCCUUCCCUCACCACACAUGAGGCCGGGAAAGGAAAGGGCCAAAGGAGACAAACGAUAUCCAAAAAAGAGGAUACGCUUUAAUUUGUCUCUUCUCCCCCAGCUAUGCUUAAUUUCUUCCCGCUGGUUUAAUUGCGCUCCUUAAGUCAGGAAGCUUCCGUCUGAUUCGUCAGCAUGGGGGAGGAAGGGUUGUCGUCCUUUGUCUCUGAUUAGCACGGAUGUUCAAAUAGAAUGGGGACGGAGCUGUAGGACAUGCCAGGGUCUCUAUAGGUAUCACUACCAGUCUAACGUCCAGUCGGAUGAGUUUAGGUAGGUGUGUUGAAGCCUAAAGAUUGGAAUCAGACAGCAGAGUAAGCACUGUUUUAAGCUUUUCACUAACUGAUUGGAGGUCAAAUUGACACUUGUUGCUGACUUGCCAUGAACUCAUGUUUUGAAUUUCCCCUUUCCUAAAGGUGGAGAAACCAUCAAGAACAUCAACCAGCAGUCCGGAGCGCACGUGGAGCUGCAGAGAAACCCGCCGCCCAACACCGACCCCAACGUGCGCGUCUUCUCCAUCCGCGGCACCCCCCAACAGAUGGAGAUGGCCCGCCAGCUGAUCGAUGAGAAGAUUGGGGUAGGUGGUCUUAUGCCCCCCUCCUCCCCCCCAAAUCUAUUGUCUGGCCUGAUAUUCAUGAGGGCACAUAUCAAAGGGGGGUGCGACUGGUUCUUGUGGCCCUACCAUCCACCAGUAUGUCACCCGGGGUUAAACGAUAGGCCUGAGCUCUGACGCCUGUUCAUGAUUCUUAGUGACAGAACUCAGGCCAUAGUGAUUGAUGGGGUUAAAUUAGAGUUUCUUGAAGUACAUAAAGGUGUUCCGCAGGGGUCGAUACUAGGACCUGUUCCUUUCACUAUUUAUUCAAAUGCUAUAGGUCAAUCUAUUCAUUGUAAAUGUAAUCUAUAUGCGGAUGAUACUAUUAUGUAUGCAAUUGCCUCGACUGUUGACCUGGCUGUGACAAGGCUACUGUCUGAUUUUGCAGAAGUGCAGUAAGCCCUUACUGAUUUUAAAACCCAUACUUAAUUUAUUGUGUAUAUGAAUGUGUAGGUAAUGUGUUUAUUGUAUUGUGGUGCUAUACAGGGAUCAUCUGGAAAAGAGACCUUGGUCUCAGCAUUGACUCCCAUGUCAAAAAAAAAAGGUUAAAUAAAAUAAAAACAUGAAGAAUCCAUCAAAUGGAGUGCGUCAGUGGCCAGCGCUGCCCUUUGGCCUUGCCUUUUCACCCCCCAGUUUAACCAAGUAUGUUCCACUCUCUCAUCUAGGCCUCAGGAAUGGGGGGCAACAGCAGUUUUGGUCUGAACCCCUUCGGCCAAGGACCAGCUACCCCUCAUCAGAAGUGAGUAGCGUCUUGGUUUCCCCACCUUUUACCACUGUUACAUUUGUCAAACUUGCCUUGAACUACCUUCUUGGAUAAUACUUACACUGACCAAAGUAUGAAUUCAAUGAUGUAAACAAUACCCAGGCUACAACAAUUGAUAUAAAUAUGAAAACUGUCUAACAUGCGUCUGUGUUUUGUGGUGGCAGUGGACCCCAGACAUUCAUGACAGGAGGAUGGGGCACAACAUAUCAGACAUGGCAGCCUCAGGGCCAGCAGGACCCCAGUAAGUCUACCUGCUUCUCUCAAACUAAUGGCUGGGAUGGCCUCAUCCCAUUGUGGUUAGGGUGGGAUACCCAGAACACUUGAUAGCAAUAUCAGCCUGCAAUUUCACUGCAAUGAUUCCUUGAUACAUACGGAGUCUAUGCAAUCAAAAUCAUGUGGGGCAUAACAGUCCCUCCCCAGUGAAAGGAAAGAGGACACAUAAGUGGAAGGAGGACUAAAAUUAGCCAUGUUUCAUGCUCUCUGCUCUGCUUGCUGAGCGGACUGAAGCAACACAAUGUUAUUUCUCUAACAAGAACAGCAAUUUCUGAGGACACAAGGAAUUGGAGAUUCAAGACUUGUUUUGGCACUGCUGCAGUGCAUUUAAAUUCAACUCAAGACAACGGCAAGGUAGUUCUUGCAUUCAAAAUGUGGCUAACCGUCCAGAUACUGGCUGGGGGGAAAAAAUGUCCCAUUCUGGCAGAGAGUCAAGUGGGGAGGAAACUUUUCAAAGGUAACUUUCACUCCAUGGAAGUUCUAGUUAGUGUUUGGGUUAAGUUAGGGUAUGGGGUAGAGGCCUAAAUCCAUAGGACAUAGAGGGCCAUGUCUGGAUGGUAAGCCAUAGCCUCAACCUCCACUGAAAGGUCCUCAUGCAGUAACUCUGUCCUCCAACAGUGUUAUCUGUGUCUGGUUGCAGGUCUCAAUGGAUCCCAGACCGGCCAGAUGGACUAUUCCAAAGCAUGGGAGCAGUAUUAUAAAAAGCUAGGCAAGUGCCAGUCUUCUGGGGGAGAACAGAAGGGAGCUCAAUACUAACAUGGUCUACUAGCCUUUCUCGCUUGUGUAACAUUACUAAGUCUUGAGUCACUGGUCCUAGCCUCUCUCUCAGGGCUUGUAGUUGCAUAGUAGGUUUUUUGCAAGUGAGUGCUGACUGAGCCUUUCUCUUUGAGACUGGCUUCCUGGUUGGUUUGGGGUGCCUGGGGGCAGUUGGCCCCCACUGGUGACCCACCUGUUAAAUACCUGUCUGUGCCCUGUAUACACCUGAACCAGACCUCAAACCUUCCCUCUGCCCUCGUUUUAAAAAGUUCCAUGCCAAGAGUGUCUGAGUAGAAAUAUCAUGUCAACUUAUAAUUGAUACGCAAGAACGGUUUUGUUUGACUGCGAUGAUUGAAGUCAAAAGUUGACCAUUUUGGUUACAUGGUUAUGUUGCUUCUUGAUUUGAUCAGCAAUGUAAAUUGGCUUUUGUUUGAUUAACUGAAUCUAUUUGAGUCGAAGAAAUUGAAUUUAUGGAGCCGAACAUUAAUCAGGGAGGUAUUGGUAGCCUGUUUGGUGUGUAUCGUAUUGACCCGGGUUUUAUCUUGUGCACAGGUCAGCAGAGCCAAGCCCAGAGCAGUGGCCCUGACUACAGCAAAGCAUGGGAGGAAUACUACAAGAAACAGAGUAAGACUACACCCGUGUGGCCUCCACACUCUUCCAAUAGACUGGUCUUUUGAGUGCAUAUCAGAGGAUGUUCUUCUUCCCCUUAUUCACCCUCUCCAUCUCCCCUCUCCCCAGGCCAGGCAGCAGGCCCCGGCUCCCAGCAGAGCUCCCCUCCAGAUUACAGUGCUGCCUGGGUGGAGUAUUACAGACAACAGGGGGCCUACUAUGGCCAAGGUGCACAGCAGACACAGGCCCCAGGCCUUCAGGUGAGAACCCAUCCAAACGCUCAGCACCAUCUCCACCCCACAACCCCCUGAGGGCUGUUGGGGCCAACGGAAGUCCUUUAGGAGGAAGGUUGAAAAUGUUGAAUGGUUUAAAGCAGGGUUCCCCAACUGGCAGCCUGCAGUGGUUUUAUUUGUUGCCGUCUCCCCCCCCCCCCCCCCCCCCACCCCCAAGCAAAAAAAAUGUAUAUUUUUUUGUUGUAUUUAUUUAUUGUUGGACAUUAAAGACUGUAAUAACACCAUUAAAUCAGCUCCAAGUGAUUUUAUUUUUGGAAAUCUGUUCCCAAGUAUUUCCACGCAUAAUGGAGAGAUGGAUGUAAGCAAGGUUUGAAAUGAUUGUUUUAGUCAAAUAUCUGUUUGGGCUUCUUGUGGUCAAUUUGCAGUCUACAAAUUAUUUGUAAUUAUGUUUCGUCCCCCGACCAUCCGCUCAAGAGAAUCUCCCUGCGGCUGAAUGUAGUUGAUGAUCCCUGGUUUAAAGGCAAGGUUUAAUUCAAGUAUGGAGGUUUGAAAGUACAUUUUAUGAAAUGUCCCAUGUAAAUCCAUUCUGGCAUCAAUUAGGUUAAGUUGAGUUUAACUAUUGUUUCUGUAAGGAUAUGUACUGUAACUUGCACAUGUAAAUCUAUGUAAAAUGUAUUCCUGUGCUUGGUCACUGACGUGAACCUGUGUUUUGCAGGAUCAUUAGAGAGGACGCCCUUUAGUUGAAGAUGUUUGAAUCACUGAGGAUGAAAACAAACCUUUUGUAACAGGUUUCUAGAUUUGCAACGCCUUGAAGACUUACUUUUUUCUUAGUGAGAAACACUAGCUGUAGACUGACUUAUACAAUAAAAAAUAAAAGAAUAUUUCUAAAUCAGGAACAUUUAAUUGUUACUAAAUACUUGUGUACACCAUUAUUUUGAAUGGACAAUUCCCGGGAUCCCUUUUGGACUAAUGCGAGAGCUGUUUUGUUUUCUAUUUUUUCCUUUUUGAUUCAAAUUACAUCGCCAAAACGAACCCCGGAGUUGUAACAUUUUAGUAAAUGCAAUAUAAUCUAUUUUUUCUAGUUCUGUUGCAAUAAAAUCGUAAUUAUGGGCUUAGCAGUCUUGAAUACAUUGUUUUUGUUUUGUCAUAAGAUGUUUUAAGAAUGUGUAAAAAUGUUUUAUUUUCCUUUUACAUAAAGCAUUUUAAUUCAGUGAUGAAACUGUGAUGUUUUGUUACAGGAACAUAUUAUUUUGUUACAAAAUACAAGGAGUGAUGUUGGCAAAUGGCAGUCAAUUCCUAAUUUAAUUCCUGUUGUGCUUUAUUUUUUUCAUUGUCAUUUUAUUGUACUCUGGUUUAAAAAAGGUGCAAUAUCUUAUUUCAUUUUUGAAACAAAGAUGGAUUCUCUAAUACUUUGACAGACAUUUAACUUGUAGUUCUUUAGAUUUUUUUUUUAAGGCAUAUGAAAAUGUAAUUGGUACUUUUUUAUUACAAUGAUCUGAUAUGGGAAAAGGGGAGUGUUGCAUAUUGUGAGUUUUUUUGCCUUUGCUAUCUUGUAAAACUAUGUAUGUAUUCUCAGAUACUUGACUAAAUAUUUUAUUUAAAAUAUAUAUAUAAUUAAAUCGAAGACAUUUUUUUUUCAUGGAGUCAUUAUCGCAGGAAAACUGUCCCUGUUCUGUUUUCAUACUGAAAAUGUUCAAAGAUCGUGAAUGUGUAAUUUGAAAUUUGAUGUUGCAUCUUGCUAUGGACAAAAAUGAGAAAUGCUAGGUUUUUAUGUAUGUUCUGUACCUAAAUAAUUCAAGACUGCUAAGCCUCUGGAUUCUACCUGUGUAAUAAUUAAUUGUAGUUUUUUAUAUUCUAAGUAUUACGAUCAAAAUUGUCUUAUUUGGUACCACCCAGUUUCCCUAACGCCCCAUCCAGUACACGCUGGACUUGUGUACAGUCCAAUGCUAAACUUUUUAAUUAUUUUUCUUUCUACUUUGUGUGAUCUCAUAUGUAUGAUUGAUUAGUUAGAAUUGAAUCUAGUAUUAACUUCAUUGCUUAAUGAAAAGGGAUAUUAUAAUUUGAAAAUGUUUAAUUUUAGUGUUUUUUUCCUUGUGUACAGGUAACUGUGUAUUAAAAACGUCAAAAGACUACCUUUAUUGUGUUCUGUUAAAAUGAUUUUAUUUUUGUGACGUUUGAAAGCUUUUUGUCACGUUCCAUUAUGUGUUAACGUUACCAUUGGUUUAAACUGUGAAACCCUUCCUCAGCUCUAUUGUAAGACUAACGUAGUAUCGUCUAUCCUCAAGUAAAUAUAAAGGUAAAACUAUUGUUUUAUAAACAGAUAUAUAUUUUCUAUUGAACAUUGCUUUGCCAGUUCACAAAUUCAAAUAAAUGUUCCUUC